AUGAAAGUCUUCGCUACUAUCUUUGCUGUCAUUGCAACUUUGGCUGUUGCUUCUGCUGGCGGUUAUGGUGGUGCUAGCCCUGCUGCUUCCAUUCCUGCACCUCCCUGCCCCAAGAACUACUUGUUUAGCUGUCAACCCAAUUUGGCUCCAGCUCCUUGUGCUCCUCCAGCAGCUGGUUAUGGCUCUGCUGGUGCUUAUUCCGAAAAUAUUCCAACCAUCGUUAACGCUCCCUAUGGUUACCAGGGAUUGCCUCAAAAUCUACUCCAAGUUCCCAGCUAUUAUGGAAAUCAUUAA